AUCGUUAUGUUACGUUAAUCUUACGAUUGUUAUAAACAAUUUAUUAUUUUGAAGUUUCGUAUUAUAUAAAUUAUUAUUUUUUAUUGCUAUUGUAUAAUGAAUAGCAAAAAUGCAAACGCCUACUUUACUUCUGAUUAUAAACGAAAUGAAAGAGAAGAAAUGUUAAUAGCACCACCAUUAGACUUUUCAUUUAAAAAAGCUACUAACAUGAAUGAAUUAGUUAAUCAACAACCUCAGACGGUACGAACUAUUAAAGCACCAGUACGAACGUCUAAAGAUCGUUUUGCAACAAGUACAAUAUGGUUGAGUAAUAAUUUAUUAAAAUCCAUGGAAGGACUUGAGAAUUUUACCAAAGCAGUUCUAGAAGAUCCAACUUGUUUAAGCUGGUUAGAUCUUUCAUUUAACGCAAUCAACGAAAUUGGAGUUGACAUCGCAAAAUUUCCUAAUUUAAAGAUUCUAUAUUUACAUGGGAAUAACAUUUCCAAUAUAAAUGACGUAUUAAAAUUAAGAAAACUAUGUAAUAUGAGAGCCUUAACGUUGCAUGGAAAUCCAAUAGAAACUUUACCAUACUACAGAGGUUAUAUAAUUAACGUUAUGUCACAAUUAAUCAAUUUAGACUUUUCUCCAAUAACUAUGUUCGAAAAGAAACGAGCAGUACCUGCUGGAUUUUUUAAAAUAAUACAACCUGCUUUGUAAACGUAAAUAUUCAAUAUAGUUUAUAAAGUAUUGUAUUAUUAGUUUGCGUAAAAUUAAUCAAUGAAAAUAAGGUAUCACCUGUACUUAUAUACUAAUUUUUAUUUGAUUUAAUAAUAUUUUGUAACAAACAUACAUUUAUUAAAUUGUACCUGUAACGUU